AUGUUGGACAUUCAAACGUCUGCUAACCCAACUCCUGUGACAUCUGUCAAUGGAUGGAUUGUCAUUCAGCAGAGAAUUGAUGGCUCGCAGAGUUUCGAUCAAAAUUGGGACACAUAUAAGUUAGGGUUUGGUACUUACUACAAAAACUUUUGGUUGGGCUUGGAGAAGAUGCACCAAUUAACGACAUCGGCUGAUUACAGGUUGAGGUUUGAAGUUCUCAUCAAUGGAGAUAUAUGUGAUUUUCUGAACCAUCCGAAUCUAGAUUUUGUACAUAAUGGGAUGCACUUUUCCGCCCCUGAUCGAGACAACGAUCUUUACUCAAAUUACAGCUGCGCUUUUGACUAUUCAACUGGGAAUUGGUACAACAAAUGUUAUUACCAGCGUCUGAAUGGAGUCUAUGGUAUAUCGUUUGAUUACGCUUACUCUCCCGCAACCUACUGUAGGAUGAUGGUGAAACGUAACGGGCAGUAG